UGUGGUAAAAAGCCUCCUUUGUCACUCCGUUCCGUUAUGUUCUCAAAAUGACGAUUGCAUUUUAUGUUUUCCUAGCAUUUCUAAAAAUUAAAAAAGGCUGGAAGCAUGAUUCCGUUUUUCGUCGCAAUUUUCUUGCUCGGCCUUUCAUCCCUGGCAACCGCUGCCAACUUCAAUCAAGUCUUCGCGUUAACUGAAUUGGACUACGAGUGGCCGUCGGAGGCGAGCAGGGCACAGGCCUUGCGAGAUGGAACUUUCAAACCUGAGAACGUUUAUCCGCGUUACAUGGCUGUCUACGGAACAAGGCUCUUCCUCAGCCUGCAUAAAGACGAAGGCAUUCCGGUGACUCUGGUGUCUUUGCCGACGAGCAGCGCGUCCCCGAAACUCACUCCAUUCCCUUCGCGGAACAUGCAUGGACCGGGAGACUGCGACAAAAUUGAAGAAGCAAAAGGACUGGAAGUGGACUCCGUUGGUAGGUUGUGGGUGCUCGAUCAGGGCAGCAUAAGUUCCAAUUGCAGUGCCAAAUUAUUGAUCAUCGACUUGGCCAACAAGGAUCAAAUCAAAAUCAUUCACCGCUUUCCUUUCCGAAGAUGGUUGCACGACUUGGUGCUCGAUGAGACGCCCGAUGGAACCUUUGCCUACAUCACGCGGAGUAUUGAACAAAACAUUGUCGUGUUUAGUUUGGAAAGAAAUGAAUCUUGGAUGGUGGACACGCCAGGAAUAAGGGCCUAUGCUAUUGCCCUGUCCCCUAAGGAUCAGGAAGCGAGACAGCUCUACCUCAGCGAAUGGAACUCCAACCAACAGUUUUCAGUUUCUGUUGCCGCACUCCGCAACGGAACUCGAACUGCAAAUUUGAACCCAAUCGGAAACUGGACUGCAAUUAGUUCGUUCCGAAUGCUGAUGGACAACCACGGAACCAUGUACGCCGCCUUUUUUCAAGAAAACCACAUAUUCUCUUGCAACACUUCGCAACCAUUUCAGGAACAGCGUUUUCAUCAGGUCGCUGGAGUGUAUACUGGCUUGCCGUUUACUUUCGCCUUGGACCAAAGUGGAACUUUUUGGAUGACGGUGUUUGAUGACAAAAAGAAGCCAAGAUACAGGCUUCUGAAGGCUACAGUCGGUGCAAAAUCGUACACCUUCGAGGCCUCACAAGUUUCAGAAUAGAUGGUGCAAGCGGUGGAGAGGAAAACGUUGCGGAAAUCGCCGCCCAAAGAAGAGCACUGAUCGACUCGGAGCGUAUUCUUCGUUUUCCUCUAGGCCAUGGCUAUUUUUUUAGUUUAACUAGCAGGCUUUUAAUCAUUGUCAGAACAAAUAAAGGGGAAUUUAGUGAUUUUUAGAGAAUUUUAGUUUCUAGAAAUAAUAGUAGAAGGGUCAUGUCAGUUGGAAGCAUCUCUCCGAUUCAGUUCGAUGAAGAUUCUUUGUAACAGUUAAUAAAUAUUCAUUAUGCUUUUAAGUUUCCUG